AUGAGGAAAGCCAUUUCGUUCCUUUUCCCAUCUACUGGUGUUAAGCCCGAAGCUUGGGUAAGAUGGAAUCUUACGUCAGGUGGCCGGAUUGAUAGAGCGAAGCUGCUGUACGAUGCCCGUCACCCUCCGUUACUUCCCAGCAAGCACUCGCACACGGAGAAAAUAGUCAAAGUCGUGCACGGUCAGAUGCAUCACGCCGGAACCCACUAUUUAUUCACCAAACUGUGUCAACAUUUUUUGAUCAUUCGCGGGCAAGAACUGGUCAAGAAGGUGCGUCGAAUGUGCCCAACGUGCAUCAAGAAGAGAGCGGUUCCAGCCGCUCAACUGAUGGGCGAUCUACCAGCCGUGCGACUUGAUUCCUCUUCUCCGCCUUUCUUCCACACCACAGUUGACUAUUUCAGUACUAUAGAGACGAGUCCUGGCUGGAACAGAGUGACAAAGCGGUAUGGUACCCUCACCUUCACUUCUCUGGCAACAAGAGCGGUACAUUUGAAAUUAACCGAAUCAUCGUCAAGUGAAGAUUUUCUGCUCGUCUUUCGUUGA